UGUGAAGUGGAGAUAAAUGAAUGUUUAUCAAGACCGUGCAAAAAUAAUGGAACUUGUCUAGAUCUCAUAAACAGAUUCCUCUGUAAUUGUGCACCUGGAUACUAUGGGUCUCUCUGUGAAAUGGAUGUAAAUGAGUGUGAAACUCUUCCUUGUUUGCAUGGAGGAAGUUGCAUCAACAGGCUUGGAGGCUACCAGUGUUCCUGCCCCCCUGGAUUCACAGGUGAGAGAUGUGAAGUAAAUAUAGAUGAGUGUUUAUCUGCUCCUUGCCUCCACGAUGGAAGUUGCAUCGAUGACAUCGCUUCCUAUAAGUGUCACUGUAAGAGAGGCUUUGCUGGGACAGAGUGCGAGAUAGAUGUUAAUGAGUGCUUGCCAGAUCCUUGUCUUCAUGGAAGGUGGCUAUUUUUAUUUAACUGUUAUUAUCUCCAAGAUAAUGUACUUAACAAGUAA